CACCUGUAGCUGCCGUCCUGCCAGCGAGCAGCCUUCAAGCAGCCUUCAAGCAGCCUCCACCCGGCCAGCGAACGCCCAACACGGCCCAACAGGACCGUUACACGCCGGUACCGCUCACUCAUCGUUUACCAGAACCGGAACCAUGCUUCUACACUGUCUGACCAGCUUUAUUUUGCUGUCUGUCGCCGUCAAGGGAACUGUAGGAAUAGAUCCCGACAACUUCACUGCAACAACUGAGGGAGGAUCCGCUGAUGACAGUUUCUCAAGCCUCGGUCAAUUUAGCAGCAACACAACGCUCUCACCGUCACCAAGUUAUACACCAAUGACAGCCGUGAGUGAUGCUACGGCAUCUUACGCUGACAGAGAGACCACCAUCUCUGAGCCAAGCAGCCCUGUCUUGAUGUCAACAACCCAAGAUGGCAACACGAGGGAGACUGGCACGACCACGCGCCCUCCCGACCCGACAGAUGGCAGCGGCUAUCCCCCCGCAACUACAGACCAACACUUCACAACCUCUCCGACUGACGACAGCACAAUAUCAAUGACAAUGAACGACAAAACAACCUUAAUCCCAACAACGGGACCAACCAUUAAUGACAUGAGCUCAAUGACAACUGGUGUCACAACGUUAACAACAAUGGGGCCAACGGAUGCGACAUUGACGACAAUCGACCCGACCACUGCCAACGACACAAGCUUCAGCCCAACACCUGCCCUGACAGUCAAUGACAGUGCAACCACUGAUGACAAAACCUCCAUGACAACGAACGACAGCGCAACACUAAUCCCAACACCGGGACCAACCAUCAGUGACAUUAGCUCAAUGAGGACAACUGGUGUCACAAUGUUAACGGGUCCAACGGACGUGACAAUCUCUAUGACGACAAUCGAUCAGACCACCAACGACACAAGCUUCAGGCCAACAACACCUGCCCUGACAGUCAAUGACAGUGCAACCACUGACGACAUAACCUCCAUGACAACGAACGACAGCGCAACACUAAUCCCAACGGGACCAACCAUCAGUCCCAUUAGCUCAAUGACAACAACUGGUGUCACAAUGGUAACGACAACGGGUCCAACGGACAUGACAAUCUCUAUGACGACAAUCGAUCAGACCGCCAACGGCACAAGCUUCAGCCCAACAACACCUGCCCUGACAGUCAACGACAGUGCAACCACUGAUGACACAACCUCCAUGACAACGAACGACGACGCCACCUUAAUCCCGACAACGGGACCAACCAUCAAUGACAUGAGCUCAAUGACGACAGCUGGCGUCACAACGUUAACGACAACAGGUCCGACGAACAUGACAGUCUCGAUAACGUCAAUUGAAACGACCGCAGACAACACAAGUUUCAGCCCUACAACACCUGCCCUGACAGUCAACGACACGACCUCAACGACCGCAGCAGAGAUGAACAAUUCCGCUACAACCGCCGCAUGGACAAACAACACUGACUCCAUGACGACCGUCAAUGAGGAGGACACGGCAACAACCUGGAUGACAACCGCCACUCCAGCCGACAACUACACAACAACCACCGAGAUCUUCAAUGCAACUACGCUAACAACUAUCCUUACCCCGACAAUUCCUCCGGAGAUUUCCGUUAGUGUCAGCGCAGCAACACAAUUGACCACAGUCUCAUCUGGACCCCCUUCAAUGACAGAAGUGACUAGUCAAACGGGAACCACCAGCUAUGAAGCCUCAAGUCACAUGACCUCGACCUCACCCAACACAACUAUCAUUGGAACCUCGCCACUGCCCACACAGGGUCCAGUUUUGGUUUGUCCCGCUGAGCCGUGUCCUCUUGAAAGCGUCUGCCUCAACGGCACCUGCCAGUGUCUCUCCGGAAGCUUCCUGGUGGACGGCCGCUGCACACGUGGUCAAGUGUUUGCUGGACAGCUCCACCUGAGCUCCUUGGACUUCAACAGCGAUAUGUUGAACAGGUCCUCCAAAGCCUUCCAGAACACGGCGGGGAACAUCGCCACAGCGCUCGCUGGCGCCUUCUCCGAUCAACCGGCGUACAUCCGCUCAGAUGUGGUGCAGCUUGCACCAGGAAGUGUGAUUGCAACGGUAAACAACAUAUUUGCCAACAUGGCCGCCUCUCAAGAGUCAGUGGAGCAGACCAUUAAAGAGGUCAUCGCCAGCAGCUCUCAAGGCCUACUGAUAAACGCUACAUUUAGCAGCACAGACUUGUGUGGUCAGGCGCCAUUUCCUUGUGACACCGUCACCGCUGUGUGCACCAGCGCCAACGGAUUGGUAAUUUGCUCCUGUAAACAAGGCUAUGUCUCAACAGUCUACUCCAACACCAGCUGCAAAGCAUGUCCAAGUGGACAACAUGGGGUGGACAAUAUCUGUAAGACAUGUGCGUUUGGCUACGGAGGCCUUAACUGUAGGGACUCAUCUCUCCUGGCUGUGGUGGUGGUCUCCUGCGUCCUGGGAGGGAUUUUACUCAUCCUGAUCUCAGCUUUGCUCGCAUAUUGCUGCUGGCGGAGGUGCCAAGGCGACCCUGGCAGCAGUAGUAGUCCGUACCCGACAGGCGAGCUGGCCAAGCCGUGGCCCUCUGACAUCACGCCCAUCCCCCGCGCCACCGCCACAAGCACGUGGGACACGGCGUCCAUGGAGAUGACCGAGGGAGGCAGCACUCGUGUCUUGGUGGACGGAAAGAAUCAUACCAACGGCGUGGGGUUUCAGCUGAAGCAGGCAAGAUGGAAGAAGUCGGGUUCAUACGACCUCAACACGGACGCCAUGAAGACCUUCAAGAGUAAAAACCCGUCACGCUACUCGUACCUGGUGGAAGGCCACAAGAACCCCUACUUCCUGCCGGGAGACAACAAGAAAGACUGAAGCAGCUCCCCCUUGUGGACGCCUAAAACUGUAUUUUUUUAUUAUGUUCCAAUCAAAGAGGAUGGAUGAUGACCAGGCGCCAAAUGAGGUGUUGAACAAUCGUUUUGUAACGUUUCAAUUGUGCUUUUCUGCAAUCACCCAUGACGUUUUGUGCCUCAAGUCAUGUUGAAUGACAAAAAAGGAGGCUGGUCCCUCGUUCUAGAUGCUUCUGAAGGGAUUUGUUUGUGUCAAGUUGCGCUUUUAUUGACUGAUAAGAGUCGUGUUGUUCGUGGAUGUGCCAACUAUCACUCGUCUCUCAUGCCGUGUGCAGGGGUGUCCAAACCUGAGGGCCGCACACGGAAAAGUAAAGCAUGCGGGGGCCAUUUUGAUAUUUUUAUUUUCAAAACCAAUUCAAUAUAUACAUUUAUUUUAUCUUAGGCUCCCCUCAAGUUUGGUCCGAGGGACCCAGUCAUUAAUGCUCAAAAUAAGUCUAAUAUAAAAAUAUUUUUAAUUAUUUAAUUCAAUGCUUAAAUCUCUAGGUCAACUACAGGUCUGUCAUUAAAUUUUUUUAAAGAAAAUAAUGAUUUAUGCUCUGUUAUAAACCUUGUUUUUAUUGCAAAAACACAAAAUGGGCUAUAUAUAUAAAACCUUUUUUAUUUUUUUUAAACCCGUCACUACCUCAAAAAUAAUGAAUCAAAAUGAAUGUUAUGGAUUAUUGACAUAUAUAUAUAUAUAUAUAUAUAUAUAUAUAUAUAUAUAAAUAUAUGUAAAUAUCGAAAUACAUAUAUUUUACUCAAAAAUAAUGAAUCAAAAUGAAUGUUAUGAAUUAUUGACAUAUAUAUAUAUAUCCAUCCAUCCAUCCAUCCAUUUUCUACCGCUUAUUCCCUUUGGGGUCGCGGGGGGCGCUGGAGCCUAUCUCAGCUACAAUCGUAUAUAUAUAUAUAUAUAUAUUUUUAUUUUUUUUAU